AUGGCCACUGAGGGAGAAUUUGUAACUGUGAAGGCAUUCUUGCCCACAAUCCCGCUUCCCGCAAAUAACGAGCGGCCAGCAAUAACAACGGAUCGCUUACUUGUCCGCGCCCUCCAACCAACCGACUUGGAAGCGUUACACGUCUUACGCACACAACAAGAAGUCAUGAAAUGGACGAGUGCUGGGUGUAUCGACGAAAGUAUUGAGAAGACAAAAUCCAAACUGGAUCCUUUCCUACCACCAAACGAUCUUAUCACCGCCAAUUGCGCCAUCUGCCUGAAGGAAACGGGCGAGCUUAUCGGUAUCGGUGGCUGUCAUCUUUACCCCGGAACACAUGGGUGGCCUGAAGUUGGAUACAUGCUUCGGACAGACGCUUGGGGGAAAGGCAUCGCGACGGAGUUCUUAAGCGCCUGGCUGCGGUUUUGGUCAGAAUUACCCCGGACAGAGCGGGAGGUCAGAGUUCAGAAAGAAAUGGUCAUUGGAGAAGGUGUAGUGGAUGAACAUCUUAUCGCUAUCACAGAAGCAAGCAAUAGUGGAAGUCAGAGGGUCCUGUUGAAAUGCGGGUUUGAGCGAUUCCGCGAGUUUGUCGAGGUGGACGAUACCAAGACCGUGGAUCUUGUUGCUUUUCUUGUUGGACUUGGAGUGCUUGGAAGUGCGGCUGCGUACCAAGCCGCUCUAAGAGGCAAGAAAGUGAUUGCGUUCGAGCAGUUUGAGCUGGGCCAUGUGCGCGGAGCCUCCCAUGAUACAUCGCGGAUUGUCAGAACAGUAAAUGCAGCACCUCAAUACGUCUCUCUGGCAAAAUCCGCCUACAAAGACUGGGCCGACCUGGAAAAGGCUACAGACCAAAAGUUGUUAACCAUCACGGGUGGUGUUAUGUUUUUCCCCAAGAGCGCAAACCCUCCACGCGUUGAUUUUACGACAAGCCUCGACGCUAAAAAUGUGCCAUAUGAGGUUCUGGAUUCCAAGGAAGUCAACAAGCGUUGGUCCCAGUUCAACAUCCCGGACACGGUCGAGACGGUAUAUACGGCCGACACCGGCAUUGCUCAUGCGACCAAGACAGUCCUAGCUAUACAAAGUCUGGCAAGGACAAAUGGUGCAAUUUUGAAGGAGCACACGCGAGUGGACCGCGUGACGCCGAACAAAUCAGGCACGGGUGUCGUGAUCGAAACAUCCAAGGGACAGUUCCACGCAGCCAAAGUCAUCCUCGCCACCGACGCAUGGACCAACAAGCUCCUUGCUCCCCUUGGCGUACACAUUCCAUUGACGGUGAUGCAGGAGCAAGUGACAUAUUUCAAACCGACGGAGGAACAAGCCUGGAAACCCAGCCGUUUUCCCGUAUGGAUUUGGGGCGGCGAUCCCUGUUUCUAUGGGUUCCCAUCUUUUGGUGAGCCGACUAUCAAGGUUGCCCGCGAUACUUCAAAUAAUUUCAUGGCACCUGAGCAACGUACCUAUGUACACUCGCCCCAGCUGCUGGAGCAGCUUUGUUCGUUUAUGGGAAAUUUUAUGCCUGACAAGGGCCGCCAACCACUUCGCACUAUCACUUGUCAAUACUCUAUCACACCUGAUCGACAGUUCAUUAUCAGCCCGUUGGAAAGGCACCAAGAUAUUAUUGUUGGUCUGGGGGCUGCCCAUGCGUUCAAAUUUGCGCCGGCCUUUGGUCGCGCUCUUGCAGAGUUGGCAAUUGAUGGAAAGAGUACGGAGGAUCUUUCGAAGUUUGGGAUUCCGAAUAAUGCUACUUCUACUAGCAAACUUUAG